AUAUUAAUAUAAGUAUGCACAUGAUUCAAGGAGUCACUGAGGCUCCUGACUUAUAGUCAAUCUCACUACUCUCAAGUCCUUCGACUUUGGAGCUCACUCGAACAUGUCUCGGUGACCCGGAUACUUGCAGUCAGCCCCAGGCUGCAACCGACUCUGCUCAUUCCAGUUUUUCCUCGUCUCACCGGGGCUCGCAUGAGGCACAGGCGGUUACUUGCCAUUCGCGAGCCUCAUGCCAUUAGCCUGCAUGCCUACCCAAGAUGCCUUAUAGUUUGGAGACUGAGGCACAUGUCUAGCCCGAUUACUGCCUUGCAAUUUUGUCCAGCCGGGCAUUCGUCAUGCUCGCUUCCUAGACACCCUCAGUUAGUAAGCCUCGACCUUACCCUCUGGUAGAUGAUUGUAUUUCAAUGAACACAGCAUGACCAUAUUCGCCUCAAUGAAAGGGCUCUUUACCGCCGCUCCUCAACCAAGUUACCCAAAGGCGGUUAUGUUAUUCAAUAUGAUCUGCCACCGACGUGCGUAGUGUUGUCAUUAAGCUGUGGCUUGAAUUGUUCUUGCUACAUUACCACACCUAGAUAUCUCAAUUACCUUUCGCUUCGUGCCUUGAUUCACAAGCUCAAUGGAUGGUAGGAGAAGAUGCCUACUCAAAUUACUCAUUCAUGAGCGUCUCAUGCCUCGCUCGCUCUUUGAUACAAGGGCAUUCCCUAGGUCAUUUCCGACAACCAGGAUGGAGACUGCUGUUUGCUACAAACACUUGGCAGCUUCCUCUCACUGUGAUACCUGUCAGAAGUAGAAACACACUCGCUUUCCACCCAGAUUUGCAUGGAUAUAGAACA